GUCAACGAGUUCACAGUCAUCAGGAAGAAGUUCAAGUGCCCGUACUGCAGUUUUUCGGCCAUGCAUCAGUGCAUCCUGAAGAGACACAUGCGAUCCCACACGGGAGAGAGGCCCUAUCCCUGCGAGAUCUGCGGGAAGAAGUUCACCCGCCGGGAGCACAUGAAGCGACACACCUUGGUCCACAGCAAAGACAAGAAAUACGUCUGCAAAGUGUGCAACCGAGUGUUCAUGUCGGCGGCCAGCGUGGGGAUCAAGCACGGCUCUCGCCGCCACGGGGUUUGUGCCGAUUGCUCCGGCCGAGGCAUGGCCGGUCACCUGGACCACAACGGAGGAGAAGGCUCUCCAGACGAGUGCUACCCCGGGGAAGGGCAGUACAUGGAAGACCCCGAUGACAUCAAAGUGGAAGGAGACGAGGAGAUGGGAGACGACGACGACAUCAAGUGGAAGGACGACGUGGGCAUGUCACAAGAUGAUGUGAUUUUAGAUGACGACAAAGACGUCGACUCUCCGCAGGAGCAGGACAACUCUGGGGAGAACGACAAGGAUUUUACCUGGAUUUCUUAGGGAUAUUAUUAUUUUUUUUUUCUUUUGGUUUUUGUUCCGCUCUGUUGUUUGUAGGGGGAGGGAGGGCGGGGGAGGACAGAGUAUGUUGGAAAAAAAGAAAAAAAAGCAAAACUAAGUAGCCUUGUUGUCGUCCAUGUGUGCAAAAUAACUCUUGUGUUUUCUAAACGAGUCCUUUCUCUGUUCCACACGCGGAUACUGUCUGUGCAACGACUGACUUUGCCUUCCCCCCUCUCCCUGCCCCUCUGGCCCUGAGCCGGCCGCGUUGCAUCCGAGGGAGGGAGAGCUUCUGCCGCGCCGUGGGUGAAGCAUGAGUCCUCCAACCCUUCCCACCAGGGAGAUUUUUGUGUCCAAAGCAGGUUUUUUUGGUGGUUGUUGGUUUGGUUUCUUUUUUUUUUUUUUUUUUUCUUUAACACCUUGUCUGUGUGGUAAAAUCCCAGCAGCAGUGGAAUUACAAGCUGACGUUGUGAAAGCAAAUGGAUGUAUGUGUUGGAGGGCUUCCCUGGAUGGUACAGGCCUUUUUUUUGCAAAAAGUUAUUUAAAGAGAGUUUUUAUUAUUUUUUAUGGAGCCGAAUAGAUCAAAAGGCAAGUCAGAUUACAGCCUUACAAAUUCUUUUCUUAGAUUCUUAGCUUCCAAAAGAGUCACCAUCAAAGAGAGAAAGAUUAUGACGUUUCUUGGACCUACUGGCGUCUUUCCCACAUCCCGUCUUCCAGCCUUGGUUAUCCGCGGUCGCUGAAACGCGUGUUGGUGCUUCCAGAAGCACCCUCUGCUCUAAAGGACACAGGUAAUUCUCUACCUGUCGCUCUUCUCCGCAGAUAUUGUCACUUUUCUCCCUUUGCUCAGCUGCCUUUUUCGUAAAUAUAUGCAAACCGUAACAAAACCGAGGCGUUUUAGCAAAGCGCAGGACGAGCUGGGCCACAGGGGAAGCCGAGGUGAGGAGAUCCUAGCUGGCUGGAAAUCUUGCUGCUCCCCUCCCGUAGGCUUUGCUGGGGCCAAGAUUUCACCUGGGAACACUGUUCUUCCUUGCCAAUCUGAAAAUUCUCCUUCAUCACUAGGAGGCAUAAGACCUACUUAAUUCAUGAAACAAACCUUCAGCUUCAGCUGCACUGGUUCCUUGUAAAUUUUCGAAUAAACCUGGGGUUUUUUCUUUAUAUAUAUAAAUAAGAACCAGGUUUCUCUCCCAGCGUCUCCCAACAGACUCUGUGGGGCUGCUCCAGGUAGUUGGGUUCUCCUUGUUCAUAUCGGCCACUGUUGCCUUCUUCCAGCUCGAUGACAACAGCAACAAAGCGCGGUUAGAAGUGUCUUGUUCCUGAGGAAAAAGCUCCUUUUACCCUUCACCUCUUUGCUUCUGGUGCUUUUAAAAACAAACAAACAAACAAAAAAAAGCUGAAGACCUCGCUCUUUCCUUGCCGUGGAGCAAUUUUAUAUGAUGUCUGUGGUGAUGGGAUUUUGAAACCUGCCACAAAAGACACAACCCAGAAAAGCCAAAUGCCUAAAGGUGCUAUUUUUCCCCCCGUGGUGGGAGAGGUGAUCCCUGCGGGGUGAGAGGUCUUGCAGGUCCCGUGGUCCUUACCCAAAAGCGUGGUUCCACCCAGCAAAGGAAAUAACCAAGUAUUUUGUACAAUAAACCCCUGUAAAGCAAAUAAUCUGGAAGGAUUUAAGCCACUCGGUGCUGGAAUUUGGUGGAGCGUGGCGGGAGCUUUUGUCUUGGCACCUGCAGUAGCCAGGUCCUUAUUCAUUCCCCGAUUUCAGGGUCCCAUCCUGGGUUUAUGGCAUUUAUUCCUGGAUUAUUAUGGGUUUAUUCCUUUCUUGGCUCUUCAGUUCCUUAAAAUAUUCACCACCUUUUUGGUGCCCAUCACCCCAGUUUGCACUGGCGAUGGCCGUCACUGGGAGCCUCUAGAAGCUCCUGCUGGGUCGCUUUGGGUGCACGUCAGGGAUUUGGAAACGUGGGUUUUUCCUAAAAUCCUCUGUUUCAGCCCCGUGAGCACCAUCUGCUGCUCCUUAGGAUUGAAAAGUUAAGCGGGACUUGUUGCUUUUAGCCAGUGAGGAUGGAUAACCCUCUUCUUUAAAUCCUUAAAGAGCGAAAGGGUCGUGUAGAAACACUUAAUUAAACUGUAAAAAAAAAAAAUAUAAUCUAAUUUUGCAUUUUAACUUCUCGUAAAGCCCUCCUGCUGUAUUUAAAAAAAAAAAAAUAUCUCAGUAUUUUACAAUUGGGCCUUUGUACACGUGUUUCCAGCAGCGGUAGCGGUUGUGGGGGGGUCCCAGAGCAAGGUCACUGUUCCCUUACCCUGACUUUUGCCUCUCGGAGUGUGGGCUCUGUAUUUAUUACCAUU